AUGUUCAAACCAUCCGAUAUUUCAUCAGCUUCGAAUCUCAUACAAAUAGCAAGAUUCUACGCUCACGAGAGAGAUGUCUGUCAUGUAGUCUGGAGACCCUGUGUUUCGGAUUAUGUUAACAACCCAACAGAGCUUCUUACAUGUGGACGUGAUCAAAUGGUUAAGGUAUGGAAUGUAUCUACCUCCGAAUGCUGUUUUUGUACCAAGGUUCCUGGUCAGUCACGUUAUCAUGCAAAUGAUUCUGGAAAACGUUCAAAUCAAAAAAACAAUGUUAACGGAGCCCCAUGGAUAUCUGCUUGUUACACCAUAGGGGCGAAUUUGAUGGUGAAUAUCUUAUUUUCGGGAUUACGGGGUGAAUUAUUCCGUUGGAACUGCUCAGACACACCUACUAACAUAACACCUGAAAACCAGGGACAUUCUAUGCUGAUUUUCUCAAUGUUGUUUGUUCCUAAUUCUCCUGGGCUAGUGAUUACAGUCAGCCAAGAUAGAGUUCUGAUUGUGUGGGAGUUAGUUGAAGAAUCCCUCCCGUUAGUUGUUUUACGACUACCAACACUUUCUGCAGGGGUGUUUUCUCUAGCUCAGUCAUCGUUUAGUAAUAGUCCUUUAGUCGCAGGGCUUUCAGAUGGCUCGAUUUUGUUUUGGAAAGUUUAUUCAUCGAAUAUGUAUGAUGGAAACAAUUCCUUUGAUAAUCAAAGUAAGGACAAAUCUAUUUCAAUAUCACCUCGAGGAUCUCAGUCAUCGCCUAUAACUGCUCUUGCUUGGCAUCCUUUACCGCAGUACGAAAACAUCCUUGCCUAUGGGACCGAGUCCGGUUGUGUGGAGAUUGUCGAUAUUAACAAGCUACAGAAAAUGCAGAAUCAAAAGCCGAAACCACAGUUGUACGCGUUCGGUUCGACCGUCUACCGAGUUGCCUGGGGGCCUGUGGUAUUUACGGGUUCACAUCACAAAAAUGAACAGAUAGAAACUAAAAGUCAUUCGGAACCUGAUAAUUCUGCAGUCUUAUCAAAUACAACUGUGGAGGAAAAUGUAAAAUGCAAUACAGAGUCCGGGGUUAAAUUUCCUUUCUAUGUUUAUAGUGUAAGUAAAGGAAAAAUCCACUGUCAUUUUGGAGGCGGUCGCCCUCCAGUUGAAGUUAGCAUAAAGUUUCCUUCUCCUCCAAAUACCACUGAGGAAGAUUGGAAAACCCUGAUACGUAGUGAUAUAGCAUUCCGCCCUGUUAGUAAAACUAAACAGUUAUCAGGCGAUCCAGUUUCUGGUACCUUCGAUUACUUGAUAGGUGUGGGCUAUCGUUCAGGUCAAGUUGAUGUUUAUGGUUUAUCAAAUUCGAAACUGUCGAAUAACCUGUUCUUUAUUUGUCGUAUUGUGAGUCAUUCUAAGUGUGUCAAUUGUUUAGCUUGGUCAUGGGACUAUUACUGGCUCGCUAUUGCGUCAAACGAAUCUUUUAUAACUGUUACUGAUCUCAAGAUACAACUAUUUAAUGCUCUCAACCAAGAACAACAUCUCAAACCUGUUCAGCUGUCUACUUGUUUGGCACGAUUAGAAGGUCAUUUCAACAGAAUCACCUGUUUAGACUGGUCCCCACAUGAUCCUUUCCUCUUACUGUCCUCUUCUUUCGAUGGUACAGCUAAUGUUUGGCGAGUUCAUGCUAAUAAUAUUGAAAACGAUACUCUAUCAAUAUCUAAUUUUCGCGCACACAGAUUGCGUCUUUUUACAUGUUUAUGGAGUCGUCAAGAACCUGAUCUUGCCUUUAGCGGUGGAGAGUUAUGUCUUCUAUUCGGUUGGCGACCCUCUGAACAAAUCCAUAGCCAACCACCCCAUAGUCGCCGACAUCGACCACCAACUAUCAAAAGACUUGUAAAUAGUGAUCAGGAAGAACUAUGUAAUGGUGGUAUUUUGGGCGAAUCUCUUCAGUUGGAAGCAGAUUCUUUUAUUAAUUCCGAAGCUCUGAAAGAAAAAUCAAAUAAAGAAAUAAUGUUAGAUAAUGAUGAUAAAGUUAUAAGGGAUUCUCACAAGGAAAAAUCCGUUCUAUCUCAAAAUUCCUUAAAAAAAAUCAGUUCUGCUGGGACGGCAGAAAAAAGGAAACGACCUGCUCUUUUUCCUAACCUAUUUCAGUUCAGUAUCAAUAAACAAUGUGAGCUUAACUUGUAUCAUUCUCCGCCUUUUAAUAUGGGAACGUUUCUUUCACACGUUUUAAGUGUCUCUGACUUCAUAACUGAAAAAGUGGAUGACGAGAGACUGCCAACUGAUUUGUUGAUUCUCUUACCAGAAGUUAGCGUAACCAGAACAUGCCUUUUAAAGUAUUUAAAAAUGGAAGCAUCUCAUCAUUUAAAGUUAUUUCAUCUCGGUCAACGACCAAACAGUUUAGUUCAUUUAGAUGCCUAUUGCAUCAUACUUUUAUGGAUAGGUUGUAUAUCUAGUAUCCCACCUGUUAUGUCAACAGAAGGUCACAUGCCUUUUUGGCUAUUAUAUGCAAUUCAACUAGCUCAAUCAACUCUUGCAUAUCCUGGAAGUUACAAUAAGUUAACCGUAUCAAAAGAAAAUCCUGUCGUGGACAUUGACUUGCUUGGUGAAAAGAUUAGGGAUAUGCAAACUGCUAGUCCUGAUAUUCUUGUGUCUGUUACACUUCUGGUAUGCGCACAUCGUGUCCAAGAAGCAGUUGAAUUAUUGUUAAGUUAUGACAGAGUUAAAGAAGCUUUAGUUCUCGCUCGUUUACGUUUGAAUCCGUCCGAAUCUUGGAAAUAUGCAGAGAAAUGUAUUACACGACUUAUUGAGCGUUCUUGUUCAAAUGAAAAGUCGUUCUUUUUUAUUAUAUACAAUAUUGGAAAGAAGGAAUGGCUGAAUGCCACUAAUAUGGUUCACCGUGAAGUUGAAGUUUCCAAUUUGCGACCUGGUAAAGAAAUUGAACAACUUUCGUGGUGUUGGAUUGGUAUUAGUCUUUUACUUAAUACAUCAUCCUUGGAUUAUUUGUCAAGCGAAUGUCUUCGUUUAGCUUCAAUGUGCUUAACGGUUGGUUUUAAGCUAUUUCCUACGGAAGCAAUAUUCCUUGAACGUUGGCUUGAUGCUUUUACGCGUCUUCUGUCGUCUGAGACAACAUCUUGCUCCGGUUUGAUUGGCAGUUUAUUAUUGUUAGAUAUUGGCCAGAUGACUUCUUUUCUUAUGGCUAAUUAUCAUCAAGAGGAAUCUAACAUAUCAACAAUACCAUACGAAAAUCAUAGUGAUAACUGGAUGAAAUACAUAAAUCCCGAUUGUAUAACAUGUUUGGACCGGUUAGUUUCAGAUCGUCAACCGUCUUCAUUAUGGGAAGUUUGUUUAACAAAUUUCUGUGUAGACUUUCUUUUGUUCUACUUAGUGCAUAAUCAUGUUCCUCCAACUAAAUUACCAUCGGAUAAUUCACUGACAAUUUAUAUUGAUCGAUAUGAGUCUAGUCGGAAAUCAUGCGAGUAUAUCAAACCAAAAGAAACAGCUUAUUUAAUCAGUCAUUUAUUUUCAACUUAUCAACAGGUUUUGGUGAAUAGUUACUCCAUUUCGGAUAACAAGUUAUGUUUUUCUCCUUCAGAUAGUGUGUAA